GCACUUAGCUUCUCAAGCUUUAGGAGUAGUAAAAUCCAGUUUCCAUAUCAAUGAUUUCAGGAACAAACAGGGGAACUCUCUUUCAGUCAUCCUCAUCGUAGCUGCAGGCGAACCUUCAAGGAAAUCGGAUCGGGCAUCAGGUCAGUCAGAACGGUUGAAUUUGGGGUUUUGAUGAUAUUCUGAACCCUAGAGCUUGAGAUUCUUUUUAAAGGAGGAUUUUUUUUUGGUUGGAAUUAACGUUUAGGUUUGGUUUGGCGGGGGAGACUUUGCACGUAAGGUUUUGAAGAUGAGUGACAAUUUGAUGGAUAAAGUCACUGCAUUCGGGCAACGCCUGAAGACUGAAGGAGCUGAGGUGGGUAGGAAGAUGUCCGCUGGAAUGAGCUCAAUGAGCUUUAAGAUGAAGGAGCUCUUCCAGGGGCCGAAUCAGGCUGAGAAGGUUGUGGAGGAGGCAACUGCCGAGACGUUAGAGGAGCCAGAUUGGGCCACGUACCUUGACAUUUGUGACCUGAUUAAUAAUGAGAAGAUAAACAGUGCUGAUUUGAUCCGUGGGAUUAAGAAGCGGAUUAUGCUGAAGAACCCCAGGGUGCAGUACCUAGCUCUUGUCUUAUUGGAGACAAUUGUGAAAAACUGUGAGAAGGCAUUCUCCGAGGUUGCUGCAGAGAGGGUCCUUGAUGAGAUGGUGAAGCUGAUUGACGAUCCUCAGACUGUUGUAAACAAUCGGAACAAGGCUCUCAUUAUGAUUGAAACAUGGGGAGAGUCGGCCAAUGAACUCCGGUAUCUGCCUGUUUAUGAGGAAACCUACAAGAGUUUGAAAUCUAGAGGUAUUCGAUUCCCUGGACGUGAUAAUGAGAGUUUGGCUCCAAUAUUUACCCCACCACGUUCAGUUUCGGAAUCAGAAGCCAACAUGCUAGCCCAACAGAUUCACCAAGACAUCCCUGUGCAGACCUUUUCUGCAGAACAGACAAAGGAAGCAUUUGAUGUGGCACGAAACAGUAUUGAGCUUCUUUCAACAGUUUUAUCCUCUUCUCCACAACAAGAUGUUUUAAAGGAUGACUUGACAACAACACUCGUACAACAGUGCCGGCAGUCCCAAUUCACUAUCCAGAGAAUUAUUGAGACUGCAGGUGACAAUGAAGCAUUGCUUUUUGAGGCCUUGAAUGUUAAUGAUGAAAUUCAGAAGGUUCUUUCCAAAUGCGAAGAACUUAAGAAGCCUUCUGUAGCUUCUGUAGCUCCACCAGAGACACAGGCUGCAAUGAGUUCUUUUGCCAUCGAACCUGAUGAAUCCCCCAGUGUUGGAAAGGAAGAAGCACUGAUCAGGAAAUCCUCGGGUUCUCGAGGUGGGGCUCGGGCAGGAGAGGAUGACAUUAUGGAUGAUCUUGAUGAGAUGAUUUUUGGGAAGAAAGCAGGUGGCACAUCAGAAGGGAGCCAGGAUCCAAAGAAGCAGCAGUCACCAAAAGAUGAUCUCAUAACCUUUUGAUUUUUCAAUGCAUGCAUGGGUUUCAUGUUGUAGGCCAGAGGAUCCCAUUGAUGGUAGUCAUGUUAGGUUUUCCAGGUUACGGAGACCAUCGAUUUGGUGUUUGAAUGGAAGAGUGUGCACUCUUCUUGAUUUAUAUAUCUGUUGCUUUCUUGAUUGCUGCAUGUAAGUAAUUCAUGUUGAACAGAUUAUCACUUGACAACACAUACAUACACACAAAGAUUUUUCA